UUACGUGUGAUCAUUGAGAUCACACGUGCCAUAGGCUCACUAGGGGUGGUUGAUGGCCGGUACACGGAGAUUCGAGGCACUCAAUCCAACGGUGAGGAAUUACGCGAUGAAGACACGUGGAUGGAACACGUGUGCAAGAAGAAGGUAGGUGAGAUGCACGCUUGUGGGGCCGCGUGUGGGGCCAUAUUAGGGGGAGGGAGUGAGGAGGAGAUUGAGAAGUUGAGGAAAUAUGGGCUUCAUGUGGGGAUGAUACAGGGGAUGAUGAUGAUGGUUAAUGGGUUGGGGAGAAAAGAGGAGAGAGAGAUGGAAGUGGUAGAGAGGUUGAAAGUAUUGGCUCUCAAAGAGUUGGAAAGCUUUGAUGCUAAGAAAGUUGACCUAAUUUCUAGCCUUGUUGAGUCUAAUCUUUGCAAUGUUUAGAGUUUGAGAUGUUGACAUGUACCUAGAGAGAGAGAGAGAGAGAGAGAGAGAGAGAGGG